ACCCAACCUGAUACUGAACACACCCUCACCGAUGAAACAACCCCCUGAAACACUAGCCCAACCACACAAAGAACCAGCACCAAAGAACCGCCUCUUUUCCCAGCCACACCUCACCACAAUCGACAGUCAGUUACUGGCUUACAUCCUGCUAACAAAUACAGCCAGUCUCACACAGAUAGAAACGGUAUUGGAACAUCGAAUAACUCCCAACCAAUGAUCAACACCUCACCCCAAGACAAUGGACCCGUCGUGUCCAGUUAUAGAGCGAAAAGGGGUAGCUGUGCCCUGGCUUGCUUUGUAUUCAUGAAAGGGGAAAGGGGGAAAGGGGGGAGGCGAUGCGAAUGGGCUGCACCUGGAAAUAGAUUCAACUUGUACUGUAUGUACGGAGUACAGGUCGGGUUAAUUUGGAUUUGGAUGGAUGUGGUGUUAACGAUCUACUUCGUACUCAGGAGAGUGAUUGGAAUUCCUGAUUCCGUACUUCGAGAAUGCAGGUCAAUAGUCGCGGCUGUGGCUGUGGCUGUACCGGUAGUUGUGGUGGACGAUGUGACGUGUACUGUUGAUUGAGAGUGUGAGCACGAGUCAUAUUGGUUGCAGGUUGCAGGUUGCAGGUUACAGGUCAUUAAGGAAAGGGGGGGAGAGAGAGGGUCGGGUUGCGGAUCUGGUUGCGGG